CCCUACCUGAGGAGGGGCAAAGUCCACCUCGGCACGCGGCGGAGGGUUCCCGUGCGCCGGACUGCGUUAGAGAAUCUGCUACUUGAGUUCUGGGAUAGCUGUCAUGCGGCGUCGGUACCGGUCAGACCACCGGGGAAGACAUGUUCUGGAUCGGGGGGGUCCACUGGGGAAUUCGGGACACAUCUGAUACGAACGAUGACACAGGUUUGUACAGCCAGCUGGCCGGAGUCCCGAAGGCUUUGCUCCCCGGCACCGGAGGAAAGAAGAUCCUGGACUUCUGGUGGGAAACGGUCAACAUGAGACAGCUGUUCACAGAAGUCUAUCUGGUCACUAAUGCAGACAAGUACAAGCACUUCGAGCGCUGGGCCACAGCCAACGACUUCCCGGUGGAGAACGUCAUCAACGACGGCAGCACCACGCUGGAGGACCGCCUCGGCGCCGUGGCCGACCUGGAGCUCGCCAUACGCAGCCGCCGGCUGGCGGACGACGUCAUGGUGAUCGCAGGAGACAUGCUGUGCGCCGACCAGAACUUUGACGUGGCUCAGGUCAUCCGCUUCUUCAGGUCGGAGCCCGGAGAGCUGAUCAUCUACUACGAGCUGGAGGAAAGCGAGAAGAGCAGCUCCAGGGGCAUCGUGGAGGUGUGCAGGGACACCCACAGGAUAAAUCGCUUCUUUGAGAAACCACAUGAAGGGCAGACGACGUCCCGGCUCGCCAGCGUGGUGUUCUACUGCAUCCAGAGAGACACCUUGUCCUCCCUGUCGGACUUCCUGCUCCUGCAGACCCGAGCCAAGGACCGGUCCUUCGGACGAUUCUGGGAGUGGCUCAUCAACGAGAAGCAGCUCGAUGUGUUUGGGAUGAAGCUUCCUACCGGCUUCCAGCUCAUUGGACAAGUGGGCCUGUCGGACUACACCAGGUGGCUCACCCACUACUCCACCAAGCAACAGGGCGCUCCUGCCAAACCAAUCACCUGCCGAUCCUUCGCCAGGGUGGGACUGAUGGGGAACCCGUCAGACGGCUUCAACGGCAAAACCAUCGCCAUGUCCAUCUGUAACUUCUGGGCCGAGGUCACUCUGGUGGAGAGCCAGACUUUGGUUCUGGUCCCACAUCCGCUCAACGACCCCACCGAGUUCGGAAGCCUGCAGGAUCUGUUCUGCAUCAGCAGGAAGGAAGGAUACUUGGGAGGUCUGCGGUUGCUGCAGGCCACCUGUAAGAAGUUCUACCAGUUUUGCUCCAACCAAGGCAUCGCUUUGACGAAGCAGAACUUCUCUCUGAAGUACGACACCAACAUUCCUCGUCAAGUGGGCCUCGCUGGAAGCAGCGCCAUCGUCUCUGCUACUCUCAAGUGUCUGAUGAAGUUCUACAACAUCACCGACAAUGAUCUUCCAAAGUCGAUCCGAGCCAACUUCAUCCUCAACGUGGAGACCGAGGAGCUUUUCAUCACAGCCGGUCUGCAGGACCGAGUGGUCCAGGUCUACGAAGGGUUGGUCUACAUGGACUUCGGCAAGAAGCUGAUGGAGGAGCAGGGCUACGGUAACUAUGUUUCCAUGGACAUGAGCGGGCUGCCACCGUUCUGGUUGGCUUACCUGAGUGACCCCAGCGACUCCGGACGGAUCCACAGCAACAUCAGGCAGCGUUGGCUCAGUGGAGAACCUCUGGUAGUCGAGGCCAUGAAGACCUUCGCAGAGCUCACCGAUCAGGCCAGGGCGGCUCUGCAGGACCGAGACUGGCGGUGCCUGGCGGAGCUGAUGGACCAGAACUUCGAUCUGCGGAGGUCUGUGUACACCGACGCGUGUCUGGGUCCAGGCAAUCUGAGGAUGGUUGAGCUGGCGAGGCAGUUUGGCUCGGCGGUGAAGUUGCCGGGCAGCGGGGGGGCCGUGGUGGGCCUGUGCCUGGAUGGAACCAGACUGGUGGAGAUGAGAGCGGCCUUCCAGGAGGCCGGCUGUGUCUUCUGUGUCAUCGCGCCCUACGACCCGUCCGCUGACCUCGGGUCAGUCGGAAGAGAUCACAUUUGAGGAAGUGCACCACGAGGCCACAUUGAUAUAUAAUGUUUUUUCCUUUAAAUGAUGUGUGUUAAUUGACUUCAUAUCACGGUGGUGACUGAGUCUACGGUCUGCUGAUGAAAGUAUUGUAGUAUUCAUAUUGUAGUGUUCAUACAUCUGCAGUAUUAUGGACCGGAGGACAUUACUGACGAAAACAUGCAGAAUUAGUUUUCCUCCCUUACUACGCAGUGUUUACGGUAUUAAUACAGUAAAUGUUGGGAAAAUAAAAUUUAUUUUUUCUCCUCGUUUUUAUACACACAGAAGUCAAUACAAACUGUAAUUUACCAUAUUGUGUCAAAUGUAUCAACCAAAAUAAAAUUAAGUAAUUCCUUUUCUACAUGUGAUGCAUUACUGAAGAGGCUCUGUGGACAUUAUCUUUGUAUAAUUCAUGUAAUUUAUUGUACACAAAUUAAAAACAGUUUAUAGUUGA